AUGAGUUUCGUGCCCAUCAACCCGCGGCCCAUGCUGCAAGACCUUGUCAACAAGGACAUCGUCGUGCGACUAAAGUGGGGCGAGACAGAAUACCACGGCCGUCUCGUCAGCUCCGACAGCUAUAUGAACAUUCAGCUCACCAACGCCCAGGAGUUCAUCGACCAGAAGUUCACGAGCGACCUGGGACAGAUCCUGAUCCGUUGGAAUGGAAAUGGAGCGGGAUCGGUUACGAGGGAGACGCGGACAGACAAGACAUAUACCCCCAAGCUGAAGGACAAUGUCGAGAGAGGGACGCGCGAGAUUUAG